AUGGGAUUCGAUAUGAUAUAUCGAAUUCAUCGAUUAAACCUGUUGCAACAAUAUUUGUCAAAUCUCGGUGUACGGUGAAUUCCUUAUGUCAAAUUGUUUUUAACAAGUUAUCAAUAUUCGGAAAGUGUAUCCAAUAAAACAAUUACAGCAAUAAAAUGGAAAAAAGUUUAGAAAAAACACUCGAUGACGUAAAUAAUAUGGAGGGUAUUGUUGGUUGUAUCUUGGCAGAUCAUACAGGAUUAUGUUUGGGAGUUAAAGGAGAUGCAUCUACAGAGAGUGCAGGAAUAAUUGCAGCUAUUGCUGAUCAAGUUGCAAAGUUGGAGGCAGAUUCGCCAACUGCUAUCGUAGCCCUUCAAAAUGAUAGCAGGAAGUGCCUUAUACAACGCCAAGGUCCCGUGGUAGGUGCAAUUUAUAAGGACAUCUCUAUGUAAAGAAAUGAUUGUUUUCCAAACUAAUAAUACUGGUUAUAUUUAAGCUAAAUCUCAUUGCGUUUAGAAUUAUUUUGUUAAUUGUAUAUCUAUCUAUCCAUCUAUCUAUAUAUAUAUAUAUAUAUAUAUUUAUAUAGAGCCUCUGAGUAAAUAAUUUAAAUGUAAUUUCGUUGUGAUAGGAAUAUUUGCAAUUGCUCGAUCUGAACUGUAUCAAUAUAGAAAAUACAUAAUUAUUAAACUUUAGAAAAUUUAUAUAAUUUCCACAUUGCAGCACUCUUGUAAAUAAGUUUGUAUGUAAAUAUUAAUAAACCAGCAUUUUAACAUAA